AUGUCACCUCUCCUCCAUGUAGUUGAAGCAGGGACUCCUGUUCAGGGGAACGAUGAGCUGGAGAAGAACCUGGUGCAAGUGGAAAAGGUGGCCUAUAGUCAGGGACUUCCCCCAGAAGCAGUUUCUAUUAUGCUGGAGUUUGCCAUGAGCCUCCGUAUGGGUAAGACUGUCUUUGCAUCAGCUUCAAAAUGGGUCAAUUGGGGAAUUUCCAUGCGAGUCUUCAGAGUCAGGAAGCUACUGGAACUACAAUCUAAACUGGGAAGGCAGCCUUUCCUCCUUCACCUACUGUCACUAUACAAAGUGUUUUGCCCUGAACUGGUGACACUCUCCAUUCCAUCACGGAUGAAGAGUGGGUUUAGGAACCACAUUUCUCCCUGGAAAUCAGCAUUGAUUGCUGUCCAGAAGAGGAACGGUUUGCAAGGUGCUUCCAGCAUCAGUCUGGUCUUCACAAACAAGGAUAAAACCAACCCAAGAAAAAGGAAACACUGCCACCUGGAAUUUCCUGCUUUGAUUCCUGCACUGAACAAAGAAGCUCAGUCUGAGCAGUCCUCCAGCAGAAGGGUGGUCCCACUGGUGGAGCUCCACUCUUUUGCUCAGCUGUUGGAAAAUAUGCAUCGUAUAGAGCUGCCUGCUCAGAUGGGCUCGCUGCUGGGUUCCAGUCUGGCACUGCAGUACCUGGACUGUGUGCAGGAUGAGUCUGCCCUCCUACGCCUCAAUUUCUGGUUAGGCUACGCUUUUCACGAAGAGUUUUUAUUCUGUGGCGAUGGAGGACCCAGUCAGACUUCAGAAGAAGCUCUCCAGUUUUUGAACAAGUUGCUGUCUGCACAGCACUUUCUGCAGGAGGGCUUUUCCAGUUCAGAGGUUUUCCUCUAUAAAUUUCUGAAUGUUUGGGACGGCUCACUACUCCGUCCGCAGAUCCUCGGCCUGCUGAGCAACAUUCCGGUUGUUCCAAGUUCCCAAAUCAGAAGGCUUCUGUUUGAGCCUCUCAUGCAGCUUUUCUUCACGUCCUCGCUGUUUUUCAAGUGUGGACUGAUGGAGUGUCUUACCAAUAUGCUGUUGAAGUGGUUGACCUGGCACUCCAUCUAUGCUCUGGAAGACGACCUGGACAUCAGCCUCAACAGCCACACGUCCAUAAACAUGACUCUGUCGGGGUUUAAGGAUUCGAUGAUGGAGCUGAUUCACUUUGUGGGUCGACUGGCCUCUGUGGGCCUUCAGCUUGAAGGCUGUCACUGUCUCCUCCUCAGCUUCGUCCUGGACUUCUAUGAGACGGUUUGUGACACAUUUCUGAAGUAUGGCCUCCCCCUCAUAGUGAUGCCCCCAGCUGGAGUCUUUUACCCAGCCCUGUUUGCCACCGACCCCGUCAGCGUGGACCGACUGGCCUACAUCAUGCACAGCAAUGCCCUAAAUGUAGCCUUUCACAUCAGCCGCCAGACUUUCCGCGAGUUCAACCACUACGUCGUCGUCAUGGUCAACUGCCUGUGGAACUCCAGAAUGUUUCAUCCAGGGAUGGGCGUCCAGCUGGGAGAGGAGCUGCUUCUCAAGAGUAACGUGCCACAGUACGGGUCGAGUUUCGACCUCGUCCACCAUCCCGCUUUCAUGAACUACGCGGUCAACUUUCACCAGAAGUGUUGGCCGGGGAAAAAGGACAUGGACCUCAAUUCCAUUAAGCACUCCAAGCCAUGGAGUUGGUACCUGGAGUAUUUGUUCACUCAGGGCUAUGACGGCCUUAAACAUUUUGUUCAGAGUAACAUCAGCUGGCAGCUGAAAGCAGACGACGGUCAGGUUGACUCACAGCAGAGGUAGAAGCUGAACCUGGCGGAGAAGAAAAAAAGCAACAACUCGCUUCUUAUACCCCCCCUUUUAAAAAAGACUUGUACAUAUUUAUCCCCUCGCCUCUUCCAAGUGUGCGAAUAGUUUUUAUGUAAAUACAUUUAUCUGUCCUUAUUGUCUUGUACAUUUAGCAAUGUGUUGUUUUCCCCCUUGUACAGCUUGUCAGCUGCAAACCUAUUAAUUGCACUCUUGAAAAAUAAACAAGUGUAAGACUUUUCCUUUUUUAUACAAAUAAAUAAUACCUGUUGUUUCUAAAGAA